AUGCUUGAACUGCUCCUCCUGGCGUCGGUCUGCAUCAAACUGCUCCUGCGCACGAGUCUGCUUGAGAGCGAGAUCAAUGCACUUUGCGGUGGCUGCCGGAUAGUGCCCCUCUCUGUGGAGGCGAAGUUCGGUGGUGGUGUAGGGCUGCGUUGCGUCAAUCAUGAACCGGUCAAGCCCAUGCGGGAGCUCAAUUGGGGGAAGGAGAAGGUCUCCAGGAGGAUAGAUCCCUCUCGAUGGUGCAUCAGCGGGAUUUGA